AUGAUAAACGACACUCCAAAAUCGCAAACUAAGUUGCGAAGUGAUAAUGGCAGUACACUCUCAUCAUUGAUAACUACCCAGCUGAAGAACAAUGACCAGCUCACUGGCAGAGUAGAAGCUGUCCGAUCUCCACCACAGAAGAAGGUAAAAGGAUUCGACAUAGAAAAGACUACCGCAUGGAUGGAAACCUCAGAGGAAAUCGCGGAGAAUAUGACAAGGCAUGAUAUUAAUCCGCCGCAGAAGAGCAGAAAGCAGACGCUCACUGCCCCCCGCAAUGUGACCGAGGAGAACCAAGGAAUUAAUAAUAAGACUCAGACCGUUCACAUGCAACUGAGGUCACAUCAAAAGAAGCAGUUAAAUCAAAGGGGACUGACGACUGAAAAGAGAGAGACGGAAAUCGGACGACUUCGGAGUACUCGAAGAAAGGAACUUCCUAGGGUGGAAAAGCAGAGCUCGUCUGAGCAAUCGACAGAAACCUCCAGCGCCAGCGUAGACACAGACGCGGCAAAUGCGAAUAUCCUCUGUAUUGACAUAAAAGACAGGAGCAGUAUUGCCCCAAACACGAUACCAUUAGCUGCAGAAAAGAUCCCUGGAGUGGAUGGCAACCAGAAUGUCGUCAUGAAUGGUUCGCCAGGAACUCCCAAGUCACCAACAUCACGCAACCAAGACCGGCCGCUCCGAGAACAGUGCCUAAUAAUACAGCGACUUCAGGAGCCGCAAGCAGAUACACCUAAAGAACGCGUAUUAGCUGAUCUCAGCUUGUUCCAAGGUCUUCUAAACACACUGCUUCAACCCGACGAAGAAAUUUCCGUGUUGAAAGCCUUCAGACUCGGAAAGCGCUCUACUGAACCCGCUAUUCCACCGCAUCCUAGGCCCCUUAAAAUUGUUCUGAGUUGCAAAGAGCAUGUUGAUCUCAUCCUCUCAAGACGUUUUAGGUUAAAAUAUUCCCACCAAGGAGGUUUUUUUCAGCCGGAUUACACACCACCGGAGCGGAUAAAACGCCGACAGUUAGUUCAGGAGCUAAGGCUGCGACAAAUGAAUGGCGAACAAGGCCUGGUUAUCUACAACAACUGCAUAAUCGAGCGACCGCCCGUGCGUAUGUCGCCACAGCCGAGACAAUUGGCAAAGGCGGCGUCAUAG